AUGGAAGAAGAUGACUAUGUUGUAAAAUCUGGUAUUGAUACUUCUGAAUUAAUUGUAAUCUCACGCAAGAUUAAUAUCAAUAAUCUUAAAGAAGAGAACUCUUACCUUAAAUGCAAUUUACAAGAAAAUGUCACAAAAUUAAAUGAAGUUUUAAAA